AAAUUGGCUGAUAAAUUUGUAGAUUCAAUAAAAAAUACAAUUAUCUGGUUUUUAAUGUCGAAUAAAAGUGAUGUGGCAACAAGUAAUUUAUGCAUUUAUUUCAAUUAACGUAAGACAAAUUACGAUUUCAUAAUUCCAUUUGAAUUAGACUUCCAUUGCUCUAUUCUUUAUGGCCAAUCUGAUACAAGCAAAUCUGUGAAUAAGAACAUAGCUCCGAAAUUUUCUAAGACUUGAACAUUUAUGUAAAGCCAGGAAUUUAAAUGGCCUUAAACAUGUUCAGUCCCCAAACAUCCGUAUACGAAAUACGAAGUAAAAAGUCGUAAUACAGUCCAUCCUCAUGCGUCUAUUUUGAGUGUCCAGUGAGACUUGAUGGCUGCAUCAGAAAUAUUAUUUGGUGUGCGGCAAGUGCUGCACAGCCUUCAGUAUAUGCGACUGCAGCGCCCGCGUCCCACGACAUUAAGAAGAGAAGACAGUCACGACGCACAGAAAUGGACAAAACUUGCGUCGAUGACACAAGUUGUCUUGGGUAGCAUAUUCCUGCUGAUGAGUGCAACAUCCGUGUUGUGCUACAACACAGCAGAGGGAGUCCACACAACGGACUUCGACUGGGGCACGUGGUGGGGAUAUGACGGCAUCUCAGGCCCCUCUUUCUGGGGCGUCAUCAACCGCGGCUGGCGGUUAUGCAGCGACGGCCGUAGGCAGAGUCCCGUCAAUCUGGCCACUGAGGCGGUGGUGUUCGAUCACACCCUGGCACCCAUCGUCAUGGACGGCAAUGAGAUGGACGGCACGUUAACGAACACAGGCUUUGGUCUACGCUGGACUCCUGCCUCCGCGCUGCCGCGGCACAAGGGUCACCAUUUAUAUGCUCAGUCUUCUCCCGGCCUCCCGAUUCCGUCGAAAUUAACGAGUGCAACGAGACAAUCGCCAUCGAAUCCUUCUUCGUACUCAGAGUCCAGCUCAUCAAGGGGAGGUUCUGAAGCCAUGGGAUCUUCCGUGCUACGGGAAUCAUGGCACGGUGAUGGCACCCUGUCCGCUACUGACGGUGUCAGAAGCACCCAAGCAUUUAGGUUCACUGGCACUACCGGCCUCGAAGCUUCUUCUUCUUCUUCUUCUUCUUCUUCUUCUUCUUCUCCUUACCUUAACGCUUCGAGGGGACCUCCACCCAAGCCCUUUGUAGUCUCUCAUGGACCAUUCCAUUACAAGUACGCCCUCAGUCACAUAACUGUGAGGUGGUCGGGAUCAAGCUCAGGAUCGGAGCACAGCUUGCAGAAUCAUUUUUUUCCUGCAGAGGUCCAGCUGUAUUUCUACAACUCAGAUCUCUACAGAAACUUCACUGAAGCGUCCGACCGCGCCAACGGCGUGGCAGCCAUCGCUGUUUUCUUGAAGGAAGGACGACAGUCUAAUCCGUUCAUCGACGCUGUGCUCGAGCAUCUACCAGCCGUGCGACAAGGAGGAACCUCUUCGUGGGUUCGAAACGCGCCACUGCGCUCGAUAUUCACGACGUCUCACUUCCUCACAUACGACGGAUCCCUCACAGAACCUCCUUGUGAGGAGACAGUGACCUGGGUGCUACUCAACAGGUCGGCUUACAUCUCCUCACAACAGCUGCAGCAGCUGCAGAACCUACGUCGUCAGGGUCAGGGACAGACUUCCCCGACCGUGGGGAACGUCCGGCCCACUCAACCCCUGCACUCCCGGCCCGUCCGCACCAACAUCCCGCCCCACCUCCUAAGCUGCCACAACACCAACAGAACCGGCACAUAUCAAGCUGCUGUGCUGGACAACUCGUGAAGUCGACUUCUACCAGCUAAUAUCUACUUCACUCCGUCUU